AUGGACAGGCAGCAAGACCCCCCCGAGUUCAUCCUCGACGUCUUCACGGACCCCCGCUCCCUCAGGGACGUUGUCAAAGCUAUCCUCCAUACCAUCUUCUUCACGCGGUUUUUCCCCUCCCUGGUUCCCCGCACUCGCGACGUGCUCGACCUCACCCUCCCCUACGUUGAUGACAAUGAGCUCGAGACCAUGAUCGACCAGCGCGCCUCGGCGCUCGAGCGCCAGCUCGACGCCGAGCGCUCCUCGGGCGGAGGCGGAAACCCCAACGCCAACGCCAACGGCGGCGGCCGCGGUCAGGUCGCCAUACAGUUCUUCGAGAAGCGCCGUCGGAAGGCCUGGCUGUCGAGGGGCGACGAAGAAGUCUGCUGGGAGAGCUGGACCCUCAAGGUCACGGUUGCCGAACCCAGAACAGAAAGUGAACGAGCCAAAGUCCGACGUGCCAUGGAGCAGACCCUUCUCACCACCGCAAUGAAGAUUGUCACCUUUGCCAACACCCACAAAGAUCAUAUCCCCCCCAUCACCACCCAGGGCGGCAAUCCGUUCCCCUUCAAGAUUAGCAUUGACCAAAAGGAAACCGGAUGGGCUGCGAGGAUGAGAAUCUACUGA